AGUCUCUCUGUCGCAGACUUUAUUCCUGUUAUCUUCCGGAAAGAGAGUAGAUAAAAGAAACUGAUCUCAUCGUUGUACGGCGUCGUUCGAGCUAGGGUUUCGCAUCUCGUUUCAGAAAUUCUAGUAUACCAACCAUGUCAGGAAGCUCAAGUUGCAGCGUCUACGUAGGUAAUCUGGAUGAGAGGGUGAAUGAAAGGGUCUUGUAUGAUAUUUUGAUUCAAGCAGGGCGGGUGGUAGACUUGUACAUCCCACGAGACAAGGAAACAGAUAAACCCAAAGGUUUUGCCUUUGUAGAAUAUGAAACUGAAGAGAUUGCGGGCUAUGCUGUCAGGCUUUUCUCUGGUCUUGUGACUCUCUAUAAUCGAACACUGAAAUUUGCUAUAUCUGGACAAGACAAGCCCUCACCUCCAAUGUCAACGACACCCGCAUCAAACUCAUCUCAUAGACCAAGGUCUCACCCCGUUCCAAUUAACAAUAUGGAGAUUUCUCAGCACUCCAUGAGGUUACCAGAACCAUCGAGGUUUUCAGCUUACCAAGAGAAUCCUCAAGUGCCUGCCCCCCCUGGUGUAAGUAAUCAAUCUAAUGGGUAUGGAUCACAUUUCAAUGACAACAAUUAUGAAUACAGUCGAAGAGUUUUCGGGGCGACGAUGGAUAGCAUUAACCAUAUUAGGUCACGCCGCCACGAUACAAGUAACCCAAUCUACUAUCCUUCAUUGUGAUAAUUAUUAUUAGAGUGUUAGAGAUCAAUCAAACUCCCACCUUGGUGAGUCUUCCUAACAGUCAAACAACGUAAGUGUUACUGUUGUUCUGGAUGUGUAGAAGGAUAGUGGACGAUGCUAAACAGUAAGUUAAUUUGUUUCAUCACUAAGACAUGUUGGUAGGUUGUACUCAGCUAUGUUUGUUGUGUUGUGCUUCCUAGAAAUAGACUUAUUGGGUGUAGUUCUUUGUUUACUCUUCUUUGAUAUUGCAGUUUUAUCUAAUAGUGAAGGUUUCCCUUGACUCUGA